AUGCUGUCAAUAAGGGUCUUAUUCCUGCUUGUCGCUGCCGUGUCAGGAGCAACGACCAAUGAUCAGCCAGGCCACCGAGGAGGUCACCAACAUCCCGGAAAGUCCCAGGCAGCGCGUUGUCAAGCUCUUUGCUCGUGCCUCGACGCAAAGUUUCCCCAGCUCGUGUCGUACGAAGGACAGGCUACCUACAUCUCGGAACAGAACUACUGGUCCCAGCAGCAAGCAAACACCAAGCCAGUCUGUCGGUUCACGCCGACCAGUGCGGAGGAUGUGUCUGUUGCUAUCAAGGAGAUUCGUGACUACGGCUGCCCAUUCGCGGUCAAGAGUGGUGGCCACGCAUCGUUCCAAGGAGCUUCCAAUGUUGAUGGUGGCAUCACGAUAGAUCUCCUCAAGCUGAGCGAGAUCAAUGUCUCUGCUGACCGAAAAAUCACCCACACUGGUACGGGCAACAGAUGGGAAGAUGUCUACUCUAAGCUCGAUCCCAUGAACUUGGCAGUCAUUGGUGGUCGCAAUGGGGAUAUUGGCGUGGGAGGUUUGCCACUGGGAGGCGGCAUUUCGUUCUUCUCUGGCUUCCAUGGCUGGGCCUGUGACAAUGUGCAGAACUACCAAGUGGUUCUCGCCGACGGACGAAUCGUCAACGCCAACCAAUCUUCACAUCCCGACCUUUACUUUGCUCUUCGCGGGGGAGGAAAUAACUUUGGCGUGGUCACCCGAAUGGAUCUCGAAACGUUCGAACAGGGACUGUUAUGGGGUGGCUCAACAGUCUACUCGCUCGACAAGAACUCUUCGCUUUACGACGCCUUCUACUGGUUCAACGUCAAUGCCAAAGACGACCCCAACGCCGCUUUGAUUGUUUCUGCGGCUUGCAUCAAGGCAAUCGGUAGUUGCCUCUUCUCCAACAACUACAACUACAUUGAACCAGAGGUCAACCCACCGGUCUUUCACAACUUUACCCGUGUGCAGAACGUGACGUCGACCCAGCGCAUUAGCAAUCUCCUUGACUUCACCAACGAGCUCAAAUCGACGCAGCCGAAUGGAUAUCGACAAGCAUUCUUUUCUAUCACUCUACUCAACGACGCACAGAUUAUGAAAGACAUCCUCAACGACAUCUGGUAUCCCGCCGUCCAGCCUCUGCUCAAGGUUGAAGGCUUUUUGGGAACGCUCGUCUUCCAAGUCAUCACCGAGCCCAUUAUUGAGAAAUUCAGCAAAGCGGGCGGUAACGCGCUUGGUAUCACUGCAGAGCAGGGGCCACUUAUGGUCUUGAACAUGGACUUCCAAUGGAAUUCCACCACUGAUGACGACCAAGUCCUCAGCAUCGAGAAUACCAUCAUCGAGAAAGCAACAGCACUUGCUAAAAGCAGAGGACUAUUCCACCGCUACAUCUACCAAAACUAUGCAUAUAUCACGCAGGAUGUCUUUGACGGCUAUGGCCCUCAGAGCAAGGCUAGGUUGCUCAAAGUACAGCGAGACUACGACUUGAAGCAUGUAUUUGUAGACCUGCAGCCGGGUUACUUCAAGAUCCGGCCAUGA